GUCUGGUGGACGGGGUCAAGGAGAGUUUUUUUUCCAAAAACCUGUGCAGUUUCUCAUCGGGCCAGUGAGGGAAACACGUUCUGGGACAUUGACACUGACUGCUCAGACGGCAGUGGGGUCUAACUAGAUUGCAUAAGCCACUGAAGGGGCUGGAGCAGGAGAUACCGACAUCCUAGGGAACUGAAACAACAGCAGAGCAGGAGCCGGUGAUUGGCGGCUGGACCAGUGCAAUGGGGGAGCAUUUGGUGAACACGGAGGUGAACGCUGAGCGGAUUGCCGCGGUGGAGAGCUGCUUCGGGGCGAGCGGCCACCCACUGGGCGUGCCGGGCCGGGUGCUGGUGGGCGAGGGGGUGUUGACCAAGAUGUGCCGCAAGAAGCCGAAGGCGCGGGUCUUUUUCCUGUUCAACGACGUGCUGGUGUACGGGACGGUGCUGGUGUACAAGCGCCGCUACACGGGGCAACACCUGCUGCCGCUGGACACGGUCAGCGUGGAGGAUCUGCCCGACAGCGAGAGCCAGAGCCACCGCUGGAUGAUCAAGACGCGGCAGAAAUCCUUCGUGGUGUGCGCCGCCACCGCGCCGGAGAAGGCGGACUGGCUGCACCACAUCGCCGAGUGUGUGCAGCGCUUGCUGCAGCGGACGGGGCAGCAGCCGUGCAUCCAGCACGCCGCGCCCUGGAUCCAGGACAGUGUGACUGAGAUCUGUAUGCGUUGCACACACACUCGGUUCAGCGCCCUGGUGCGCCGACACCACUGCCGCAACUGUGGCUUUGUCGUCUGCCGCUCCUGCUCCAAGCAGCGGCUGCUGCUGCCGCACCUGUCCGCCAAGCCGCUGCGGGUCUGCACGCUGUGCUACAGGCAGCUGGUGGCGGAGGCGAAGCCGGGGCAGGCGGGGAACGCGGGCGGAGCGGGUGCAGGAGCGGGACAGUCAGGACAGGACGGGGACGGGGACGAGGACGAUGACAGGGACGGGGGCCGGGACAGCGAUGAUGAGAGAGCAGCAACAUGGUCCGGGCAGCAACAAUUCUUCGACACAGAUCGCUCCUGGUCCUCCUUCCACAUGUAGUCACUGUCAGAGACAGUCCAGCUACCAAGACAGAUGUAUACAGCAAUUCAUUCUUCCCCCGCACAAUUAAAGCAUAUCUUCACCCUACCGUAGUUACCCAACCAGGUGCAACUAAAUUUAAAGUAGCUCUUUCUUCCCAAAACCCUUUCCGGCUUAAGUCCUCCCUCCAUCACCUCCAGUUUAAAUUCCAUUUGGAAUAUUUUGGAGGACCCAGAAACCAAGUCGCAUUGUCAAAGACAGCAAAGAUCCUAUAGCUGAGCAAGAUAGACCACUCCUGCUAAAUGCAAUCGGCUGACAUGUAGUACGCAACGGAGCGGAACGUGGACCUUUUUUGCCAUCCAUUUCAGUAACCGGACCC